CGCCUCGCCGUCUCGCUGGGCCUUUGGACCACUUCCAGCCGACUCGCGGGAGAGUCUAUAGACCUCGAAGCGCGCGAUUUCGGGCCCACAUUCGCUGCUUUGGUUCCGAGAUGUCGAAAUCCAACGUCGUCGAGAGUUUUUCGCCGGCGUCGCCGUGUCUAAUUCGCCGGCCACAUCGCGCUACCGAACUGGAGUUAACAUGGUGAUUUGUGAAAUAUGCGAGUUAUCGAACUGGGAAGACGUGCGAUCAGCAUCCAAUUUGCACAAACCGAUCGUUGAUUAGACAAGAGACAGGUUCUCGAUCGCAAUUACGGUAUCUAGUGGAAAGAAAGUGCGUGAAUGUGAUUUUUAAACUGCGGUUAAGUGGAAUUCAAUAUCGUUACUCUGUUAUAAAUGGUGUUGUGAUCGUUCGUUAAUACCGAUUGAAAGAAAAAGUAUCAGCUGGAAGAAGUGACAGUAGACAGACAAACGCGCUAACGACGAAAGGUGGACUAGAAAGUGCAGCUCUUUCAAUCCGUGAUGUGAUUCUGUACCGGGCGUGAUACAUAUUAUACGCGUGUGUGAAGUGUGAAGUGGGCCGACGCCCGUGGCAUUCAACCAGUGGACCGGAUGAGAGUCAGAUCGGAGUAAGUGAGCGGCCCGCACGCACGAGUUGAGGCAUCGAAAAUGAGCAAGCGGACGUUGCCGUUGGCAGGACUGAAUUCCUGCGAGAGGAUACGGCCGGAAAGGCCCAGAAACCCGAUCCAGCGGCUGGUCUGGUCCGGGGCCCAAUUUCAAGUGAGCCCAAUCGGCUCCCUCGAAGAUGAGGCGUCGAAUCCACGGAUGGCGCUGCGCCGACUACUCAAGCUCUACGAAGGACGGCAGUAUCGAGAAGCGGCCAGUUUCCUGUCGCGGAUGCCGGUCUACACCCUGAAGGCAGCUCUUCCUGACAUACCCGUGGAUCUCCUGGUCGACGCGCUGCCGCACAGCCUCGCCCUCCUCGAGACCCUUUAUUCCAGACUGGCUGAGCUUAGCGGUGACGACCUUAAGGUCAUCAGGGUCGAACCAGCCCUGUGGAAAAUAGUCUACCUCAUAUCCACAUCCCAGGAUCACUUCCACGUUAGGAUUUGGACGAAGCUCUUGGCUGCGCUGUCCAGGGUAGCUCCUGGCUCUAAGGCUAUUUUGGCGACGAGGAAGCGAGCUCUUGAGAGAGCUGUUGAGGGCCUGGGAAAACAUGGGUUGGUACCCUCCACCCAGCUGGAGAAUGGUUUGGAAUAUACGAACGCUCAGAACCUCGUCUCGCUUCCGGUCGCGCUGAAGGAGGAGCUCGAGGCACGAUCCGAGGCGUAUAAACUCGCUUUGCAUAAGAUAGAAAACUUCCAGAAGCACACCGGCGCCAAUAAAGGAGGCCAAGGAGUUCAGGCGGCGUCUCACCAGAGGCAGCUGUCACUGAAGUACAGCGAGAUCCAGCAACGCCUGAUAAACAAUCAGGGCCUCUUGAAUACACUGGAGAAAGCGACGAGUCCAGCCCUGGAAAAUCUAUUGAGAGAACUCAAGCACAGGGUCGAAUACGACAAGGAAGCUCUGAGACAAUGGACCGCCUUGCGGAAGUCAAAUUUCAGGACCAACACCAAGAAUCCUCCUCUUGCAGCGCGGCUUCUUCAGUGCGCACGAGGCUGUGGCCUUGCUCUUCAGCUAAUGAGUGAGGAUGUGCCAAGAGGGGUGCAGGACUCUCCGAUUGUGCAGGAAAACACCCUCGACGACUAUGAAGAAGAGUCCAGCAGCGCCGGGUACCACACAGACGAAAGCGGAAGUCCAACUCCGGAACCAGGACAUCCCAAUGGCGACGAUUGCAGUUACCAAGGCCUUCCAUGCCCCGCGGAUGUGACAGUUAGUCAACUGGUCGAGCGCUAUGGAUCCCUUUAUGCUCAAGCCCAGCUUCACACCCUUGAUGCUCUGGACGCCCUUGAACCCCUUAAGGAUGCUCCAGACUUGAAAACAAAGAUUCUUUAUUCUGUUGUCGUGCUCUCGUGGCGUCUGGCGGGAAUGAUACAAACGGCACGACGUUUCGAGGCGAUACACGUUUUGAACGGAACUCAAUCCCAGCAAACCGGAAGCUCGGCUCCGUCUUCGGAAUUCGAAGAUUGCAUCAGGAGACAACUUGCGACGAUCGGAGCCCGAACUGGACUCGCUGAAGUGUCCGAUCGGGUUUUAAACCAGCUGGAAAGAACUCUCUACGAUUUUCCCUGUCUCCGGAGCUGCCCGGAGAUCAAGGAUUACGCAAAUUCUUGUGCCAGUUUGGCCUGGGCUUGUCUUGCCAGGUCGACUCCUCUUGUACUCGAUGUUGCCCAGGGUGUCGAUUUUCAGCGAGAAAUACACGCCAGGCAUCACGGAUCGCCGGAUCCGAAUGGAGUCAAGAUUAGAAGUGUUUUGUGGCCAGGAUUGAGAGAAGGUUGUCAGGGACGCUGUUUGCACAGAGCAGUUGUGCUGACAAAUUAA